UGCGUGGGAGGUCCCGGUGGGCGGAUGGUCGGCGGGGCGGCGCGGGUCGGCCAUAGCGGUGGGGCGGCGGCCAUGUUAGGGGAGCCCCGGUCCGGCGGGGAUGUUAGGCGGGCCCAGUAGGGCGGCGAUGUUCAGUGGGCCCGGUCCGGCGACGAUGUCGGGUGGGCCCGGUGCGGCGAUGAGGCUAGGCGGUCCUGGGGGGCGGCGAGGGUUGGAGGAAUCAGCGAGGGGGAGAAAGUCCAAGUUACCGUAGAAGCGGCGAGGUUGGGCGUCAUCGGUCGGCAGGUGAGGGUCGGCGGCGGCAUCGACGUGGAGGUCGGUGAAGGCGGCGUCCUGGUGAGUAUUGAAGUCGCUCCUCGUGGCCAAGAUGGCGUCGCGGGACUCGGGCAGGCGAUGCAGGCCGGAGUUGGGGCUUGGAGCCUGCUGGAAGAUAAUGACAGUUGUGCUGCUUUGAUAGUGAACAAGCUGCAAGUGAAGCAUGACAUUGAGGUACCCAGAAUCGGCUUCCAAAGAAAAGUUGCGAAUGGAAAGAUGAAUAUUCCAAACCAGCAGUUAUGGGCCAGACUGCAGUGAGCUCAGGACGGCACCCAAACAACCCAGCAUCGAUCAAAGAGAUCCUGAUCUCCGUGUUGGAAUCAUAUGAUGACUUCAAAAUACCCACAGAGAAAUGUAUACCUGAUGCAAAGCUUUCCUCACUUACUUUACUCCAAAGUGGAGAAGCAAAAAAGUUUUGGGACAGUGGGAAUGGAGUUGGUGAACAGCAGGAAGGCAUUGGGAUUCCAAUGACAACUUCCAAAUGCAACAACUAUUCAUUGUUUGCAUCGUCUGAGUUAUCCUCGAGUCAGGUCAUUUCCAACACCUUCAAUAAACUCAUCCUAUCUGCACAGUCUACAGCUGCCAGGCGCACAAACUUCACUGGGGUUCCACCAGUAAUUUACAACAGCGACCAGUCACAUCAACACUUCGAGUCUGAUGUGAACAUCUAUACAGAUAAAGCACAGCAUUGUCAGAGUAAUAGACCAGAAAUGAUUGUAUACACAAGCUAUCUCUCUAAUCCAAGUUUCAGUGCCAGCAAAGCUCAGGAAAGGGAGAACACUCACCUUAUUGUUGCAGAUUUGGUUAUUGCUACAUUAGAGAAUGUUAAAUGCAACAUCCUGUAUGAGCAAGCAGAACUGGGAGAAGAGGAAAAUCUUCCCGUUAUCCAGACAUCAGAUGUGAGAACUUGUAUUAAGAAGAAAUCUCAUUCUGACUCUGUAAACUCUGUGGACAGUGGUUUUGAAUGUGGUUCUGUUACUCAGUUGGAUGAUUCAUCUGAUGCUGGCUCCAAGGACAUUCAAAAUGGUGAUGAUGCUGCAGUUAGUGAUGAUGACGAUGGUUAUGAUGAUUUUGUGAUAAUAGAAUUUGAUGACAUUGUUUUUGGUUCUGACGGUCCAUUAAAGUCAAUAGAAAGGCACUGUCUAUAUCCUGAAUAUUUGGCUCGCCGCCUAUUUAAAUCAUUUCGGACAAUGUGGUUACCACCAGAGAAUGAAGAACACCAUCUUGACGGCGUGGAAAUGGUGCUGGAUAAAUUUCUCCCUCUGAAGGACACUCCUGGUGCAGAAGAAUCUGUGGACCUGGCAGCAGACUUCAAAAUAAACUCUCGACUGAGGGGUACGGCUGAAUGGGCACCACCUCGAUUCCAAAUUCUGUUCUUCAUCCAUUCACCUCAGAAGAGAGAAGUUGUUAUGGCUGCUCAGAAUUCUCUGUGUGCUGGCUGUGGAACACUAAUUGAGCCAAAAUACAUCAAAAAGCUCCGUUACUGUGAGUAUUUGGGAAAAUACUUCUGUGAAUGUUGCCACCACAAUGAAGAAUCCCUGAUCCCUGGUCGAAUCCUAAUGAAGUGGGAUUUCAGCAAACAUCCAGUCUGCCAUUUCUCCAAACAGCUGUUGGAGAGCAUAUGGCACGAUCCCCUGUUCAACAUCUUUUAUAUCAACAACUCUCUUUACAGCAAAGUCAAGGAGCUGAGAAAAGCAAAGGAACUUCAAGAACAGUUGAUACACAUCAAGAAACUACUAAGAACAUGUCGACUGGCUAAAAGUGCAAUGGUUGAAUUCUGGCGAUUACAAGCCCAUUUAUCUGAGGAGCUGCACUUGUAUUCGUUGAAUGAUUUGGUGAUGGUGAAAAAGUGCCUGCUGGUUCCAGGUCUGAAAGAUACUCUGAGAAAUGUCCUUUCUCAUGUAAAAACUUGCAAGAUCUGCAUGGCCAAGGGCGUCAUCUGUGUGAUUUGCAAGAGUAAAGACAUUAUUUUCCCCUUUCAGACAGAGCAAUACAAACAAUGUUGUGUAUGCAAGGCUUGGUUUCAUAAAGAGUGCUUCAAAACAGAACAAUGUCCCAGGUGUACCAGGAUCUGUGCACAGAAGGAGCUCCUUCUUCUUUCCGAUAGAUAAUAUGCUGGACAUUGAGGUGAAAUCCUGUGGUAGUGAAUGAAUAUCAGUUUAAAAAAAGCCGCCUAUGAUGCCAACUUCCAUGCUUUUUAAAAUAAACAAAACAACGGCGUCUGGAACGCCGCAAAUUUUGAAUUGUCUCACACAGAUGUACCUUCACCAUGGUUAUCUUGGUAAUCAUUCCUUGUACAUGGCAUACUUCAGUGCUCUGGGCAGGCUGUUUGUCAUUUAACUGGCCAUGUGAAUUAACUUAUUUAAGACUCUUUCCAGAACCUGAGGAUUUGGACCUUCUAACUUUGUGAAGUUGGGACUUAAUCUUUUAUCUUUUAUUUCGUGCUGAAGCUUUGGGACCCAUAACUGUGUAUAUGUACAUUAAAAAAAAAAAUUUAAAAUUACAUGACCAAUUGUUAGGGACACAUUUUUAUGCAGGUGUAUUUAAAUUCUAAAUUAGAUAUUCCGUUCUGCUGUUGCUUCCAAAUCAUUAUUUAUUCCAUGGCAAACCAUAAAGCAAUCCUAUAUAACAGCACUUUUUGGAGGGUGGGGGGGGGGGGAGAGAAAGAGAUGGGGAAAGAGGAAGGAGUUAAAUCACAAGUCAAUUUUCCAUUGCUCAAAUGUCCUUGAUAUUGCUGGAUGCUAAAUGUUGGCUUUUUGAUGACUGACUGGCUCUUUGCCCUGCUGCAUUACUUAUCUUAUUCCAGUUCUGCAGUCUUGGGCAUUAGGGUUCGGAAUUAAAUAUGUUUCCUUGGCACUAGCAGUACCAUAGACAUCACUAGCACUUAAAAUCUAAUUUGUUAACAUGAAAGAAAAAAGUUUAGCCUUUUCAUUAUACUGUCAAUGAUUCAACUUGCAGGACAUGAUUUUUGUUGCAUAAUGUAUUUUGCUUUUGGCAUAUUGAUUGAAAAUGUAAAGUUUGAACAUGCAUUUUCCCCUGGACCCACUACAAAACAAAAUCUGGCUACCUGCUCAAAAGGGGAGAUGUAAACAUUUAUUAAAAAUUAAAACGCUUCCAAUUCCAUCAACAUCGUCGGGAUUAGGAAUUCCAAAUUGAUGUUUUUCUUUCCUCUACCUGUCUAGGCUGUAGAAAUGUUGAUUGGAGGUGCUACAACUUUGGACUCUUACAUUUAAAAACAUUUCGUCUUGCUCAUUUAAAUUUCCAGUUUUCAGAAAUGCAAACUUUUUUAUCAAAAUAUUUUUAUGGAAACAGCAACAUAAGUGCUAUAAAGUGCAAUUGCAUUUUAUAAUUCAAAGACCUUGUGUAAAUAUCUACAAGAAUAUUUUAAAGCAGAUUUUGUUGAAAAAAACGAGGCAAAGGUAAAAACCUGACACUUGUAUAGGUCUGACUAAGCUUUUUUGCCUCGUGGCCUGUUGGUGAUAACAUCUAUACGAUCCAUCCCUUCGUUUAUUUGGUUUGAAAUGUUUCAAAUCUAAUGCUGGGAGGGGGGAGGAAAUGCAUUGCUCUUUCAAAUUUAAAAAAAAAAAGUUUCCUUGAAGUUCUGCUUUAUAAUCUUUAACUAUAAACAUUUAUGAAAUUGCUUUAUCCUCCAUUUUAAUGGGAACAUUUAAAUUGACUUGCUCAUUUAAAAUGGCAGAAUUGAGGAAUUUUAUUUGACCAUAUUAAAUGUUUGUAAAUUAAUAUUUGCACAGCAUAAUAUCAAGGAACUAUUUUAUCGUCAAGUACUUUGUCAUUGUUUUACUGUAACUUGUGCCUUUUACCCAAGUGGUUAUAAUGGCCCCACAGUAAGUGAAGCAUCUACAUUAUUAUUUUUCAAUUGUGAUUAUAUCAUUGUGCAUUCUAUAGAUUAUUUCAUUCCAUUAUCCAUAAAACAGUUCACAAAAUGUUUAUCCAAAUAUAUAAUGCAGUUCCAGCCAUCUCAUUAAAUAUGUCAAGCUUUUUGAUUAUUUGGAGAACUGCGUAUCCCAUUUUACUUGAAACUUGGACCAUAUUUUGUGGAGUACUGCUUCAAAACAUGGCCUGAUUUUUCUAAUUUGUUUUAAUGUGUACAGAGCUCCAAAUAAACACUUAUCCAUAGCAGUGGAUAGUUUGAUAUCAGCAUUAGUUUCAAAACAUUUCAAACCAAAUAAACGAAGGGAUGGAUCAUAUAGAUGCAUGGCUAUAGAUUUUAUCACCAACAGGCAAUGAGCUACUUUAAUGUCUCUUGUUAAAACCUGAUUUGCUAGUUCCUUCCAAACUUGCAUUGGGACUCUAAUUGUUUGUGUAUUGUGUUUUAGUUGUUGGUUCAAGUGUGAUUUGUAAAGCAACUUGGUUUGAAGUAACAUCUCCCGAUUACUAGUUGGGUAGGAGGUAUUUAUUAACUCUUUUAAAUUGCAUUAGUCCAGAAAUUACCACAAAAUACUACUCUAGAAUUGCAGCCAACCAACUAAGGAUUGGUAUCUUCUGUCCAGAAAGCUGAUUACAAUGCAAAAUGGAGCCUUGAAAGCUGCUGUUUUCCUGUUUAUGGUCUUCUUGAACUGACCCGUGUUAAAUAACUGGGUAGCUUUAUGGAUGGGUGAAUUAAGACAUACCAAUUGAUCCAAGGGAGAAUGGGGUUACUUUAUCUUUUUCUGCUAUGCCUUCAUGCACUUUGUAGAGGAGGGAAUCAUAAAUAUAUUGAAGUUGGACACUUAUUUCUGGGAGGAAACUGACAGAUUCCUAUGAGAAAUAGAAAUUGGCAUUUAUUAACUAAAUGAAUCAUCUAUAAGCCUUGAUGUGGAGGUUAAGUUGCUAUUGAUUGGUACAAUAUUUGAUAUUGCCACAAAUUUGUGGUUUGUUUGAGCGAGCUGUUGAUCUCGGUCCAACUAGUUAUAGAAUCGCUACAAAUGGAAAGGACCAUUGUCAUUAUCUUGUUACCUUUAUGAGAAACAUCUGUAUUUAAUGAGACUAGAUUUGGGAAGGGUUUGGUACUGUUUUGCAUAGUGGCUGAAUAACUUUCUCUAUUUGCCUCUACUGCUACCUAUCAUUUUAAAUCUCUUCUGAAGAGAUUAAUGGAAGCAUGCUCCUGGUAUUUGUCUCCUAACAAGUAUUUUGAACCAUUUUUUUUGAUGGGUGCUGGCAAAAAAUGCAUUUAAUAUUUUUCCCAUUCCAAAAUCAUUGUUUCUCUUAACCCAUUUUGUGCUAAAGCUAAUAUGUAAUUUUUUUUAUGUAGCUGAUUUGUAUGUCGCCCGCCUGCCUUUUUGUUGCAAAAUGUAGUCCUUAACAUUUCAACUGACUUGCUUUGUGCAUAAGGACUUUGUUUUGGGUACUGAAGCUUAUGUGCAUGACAUGUCAAUCUCUUCUUUGCACUUUGUAUUUUCAAAAAUCCAUUUUCUCACUUGCAGUGUUUAUCCUGUGUAGUGGCAUAAUAAAAUGAACUAUUUCAAAUAACCUU